AUCAGCAAUUCGAUAAGUCGUAAAAAAACCAUUGAAGCAGCCAGUAUAGUUAUAAUUGCAAUUAUUUGACAACAAUGAAAGUUGUUUAUGUGUUAAUUUUCUGUACAUCUUUAUAUGUUUUGGCAACUGAUGAUACUUCAGACGAUAGAAAGAAGCUUAAAGCUACAAACAUACUCAUUCAAGUACAUAUUGAUGAAGAGACCAUUUGGGACAAAAUCAAAUAUUUUGCUUGUCACAAUAAUUACUCAAUGGAGCAAUUGACUUUUAUAUUUGCACUACCUGAACAAGAUUAUGAUAAUAACCCAAUUACGCAGCAUAGAUUUGAGCGUGAAUUGCAAGUACAACUACUCAUAGGCUCAGGUUAUAAUGCCGAUCGGGUUCAUCAAAUUGCUCAUGAUCUAUUUAGUGUGAAUGCUCUUGGAAUGGAUCGAAGGAUAAUGUUAAAACCAGUUUUAAGAUUGUUAAUAAUCGAUAUUAUAAUACACCCAGGGAGCCACGAUGUUAAUUUUAGCUCCACAUGUCGAAUCAUAGGAUUAUUCAUGAGUACAAAAUUUCCAACAUCAUACACAAAAACAGCUGAUGUUUUAACGGACAAUACUUGUGUCAUAUGUCAUGGAGAGACAGACAUGAAGUCAUACAAAUACGUUGGAGCUUCCAUACAUGCUGUAGACAACGAUAACCAUGCGUUUGUAAAGGAUAGCAUAGUUCUUGAGUUAGGAUAAAUAUUUUUUAUACUCUCAGGUUUAUUUUA